AGCACUUGGGACUCUGGGCCGCGAGGAGUUGGGAGACACUCUCCAGAGAGGGCUGCCAUGGCCUGCAAGAAGUGCUCAAACAAGUGGAGCCUCGCCGGCGUUGCCAGUGUGAUCCUCGUGUGUGCCAUCGGAUUGGUCCUGGGCUACAUGAUGCUGGGGGUCAGCCAGCCAGGCUGUAAGGAGGAUGCAGUUUGUCGCCCAGAUGCAGACAUGCUGGACUACUUGCUGAGCCUGGGCCAGAUCAGCCAGCGGGAUGGCCUGUUGGUCACCUGGUACCAUGCUGCCAACAGCCAGAAGGACAUGAGGGCUGCCCUGGAAACAUGGGAAGCCAGUUCCCCAAGCCCUCGGCCUCCUCCCGCAGGUAUCAAGCUAGACUUUAAGAGCAUCAAGGCUGUGGGCCCUUCCCUGGACCUCCUGCGGAGACUGACAGAUGCUGGGAAAGUCCGGAGGCCUGUAUGGAUCAACGCCGACAUCCUGAAGGGCCCCAACGUGCCCAUCUCCAUCCAAGUCAAUGCCACACAGUUCCUGGCCUUGGUUCAGGAGAAGUAUCCUGAGGCCACCCUGUCUCCAGGCUGGACCACCCUCUACCUGCCCCUGUUCCCGAAAAGCACAUACACCCGAGCCAUGAUAGAGAAGAUGCAGGAGCUGGUGGGAGCGCUGCCGCAGAGGGUCACCUUCCCCGUGCGGGCUGUCAUGGUGCGGGCUGCCUGGCCCCAUUUCAGCUGGCUGCUGGGCCAGUCGGACAGGUACAGCCUGACACUGUGGCAGGGUGUCUCGGACCCCGUGUCAGUGGACGAUCUCCUCUACAUCCGGGACAACUGUGCCAACCACCAAAUCUACUAUGACCUCUUCGAGCCUGUCCUGUCGCAGUUCAAGCAGCUUGCAAUGAACGCCACACGGAAGCGAAGUUACUAUUCAGGAGGCAGUCUGAUCCCCCUUCUCCAGCUCCCCGGGGGCGACGCUCUGAGCGUGGAGUGGCAGGUUCCUGACAUCCGGGGCAAUGCAACAGCAGCCACAGUUCAACUCUCAGGAAAAGAAGGCAUGAUCCUGCUGAACGUCAGCCUCCAGGAGCCUGGCGCUGGAGACGCCGUGCCCGUCGUGUAUGCCUCGGGUGACUCUGCCCUGGCGCUGGAGUCGUGUCUGCUGCAGCUCGCCACACACCCUGGACGCUGGGGAGUCCAUUUGCUCAUAGCAGAGCCCAGUGCCCUUCGGCCAGCCCUGGCCAUGCUGGCCCACCUCUCCAACCUCAGUCUCCUCUCCCUGCCUGUGUGGGUGGAGGCCACAGUCUCCCAUGGGAGCUUUGCAGUGCCUGGCUACGUGCCCGGCAAGGAGCUGCUCACCGCUGUGGCUGAGGUUUUCCCCCACGUGACAGUGGCCCUGGGCUGGCCUGAGGAGGUACUGGACAGUGGCUACGAGGAGCAGCUGCUCACGGAUAUGCUGGAGCUGAGCAAGGGCCUCUGGCAGCCUGUGUCCUUCCAGCUCCAGUCUGGGCCUCUGGGCCGGAGCAAGGCCGGGGUGGUGGCCAGGUUACUGGCAGCCUCCCCCAGGGCCACCGUCACAGUGCAGCACAGCCCUUGGGCGGGCAACUAUACAUCCGUGCGGGAAGGGCUGCUGGCGGCCAGGGCCGUGGACAAGACCCGGGUCUACUACGUGCUGCCCCAGAGUUAUCUCGAAGACCUGCUGGCAGAUGUUGGCAGAAACUGACGGCCCAGUGGUGCUGGACAGGAGGU